AUGCCGCAGCCACUGGUCUCGCGUGGGGGCCAUGACGUCAACCCCGACGACGGCCGCCGGUGCUCCGCCUCUUCGGCCCCGCCCACCGAGCGCACGGCCCUCGUAUCCGCCGCGGGUUCCGGGUCCGGGGCCGGGGCCGGUGCGGUGGAUGGCCGGGAUCCCCUGUCCGGAGACGACGACGAUGACGACGAAUCCUCCGAUGAGACCCGGCACCCCGUCGGUCCGUGGCGAGGCCUUGCCGUCGGCGUGAGUCUCUGGCUCUUAAUCUUUCUCGAAGCAACAAACAUGUCCGGCAUGGCCAUCAUCCAAGGCCCCAUCGCCCAAGCCCUCGGCUCCCCCUCCCACGCCCCCUGGUUCACCACCGCCUACCUCAUCGCCGUCUCCUCGCUCGCGCCCCUCUUCGGCCGCCUCGCCGCCAUCUUCUCCCCGCGCGUCCUCGUCCUCCCCGUUGCCCUGCUCUUCUCCGCCGGCGCCCUGCUCGCCUCCAGCGCCCGCUCCGUCCCCGUCUUCAUCGCCGGCCGCGUCGUCGCCGGCGCCGGCGCCGGCGGUGUCCUCGCUCUCUCCGUCAUCUUUGUGCUUGCCCUGGUUAGCAAGAGGCGCCGCGGCGUUUGCAUCGGUCUCGUCAACGCCGGCAUUACCGCGGGGGUGUCUUUCGGGGCUGUUGUCUAUGGGGGGCUGCUUUCUGUGGUUGGAUGGCGGCCCCUAUUCUGGAUGCAGGCCCCCUGCGCCCUCGCCGCAGGUGUCGCCGUCUUCCUCAGCGCCCCGACGUCCAUGAGGCCCGGCGACCAGGCUGCGUCGUCCACUUGUUCCAAGCAGCAAACCUCGUCCGUCUCCCAGAGACUCGCCCGGAUCGACUACCUCGGAGCCGUCCUUCUCACCGCUACCACCGUCCUCUUCCUCUACGGCCUCGCCGGCGACCUCCACCCCCUCUCGCUUCUCCUCUCCCCCCUCUUCCUUGCGGCCUUUCUCCUCACAGAGUACCGCCUCGCCGCCGACCCCGUCAUCCCCCUCGCCAUCCUCUCCUCCCGCGGCAUCCUGCUCUCCUGCCUCGCCCAGCUCGGCCUCAUGUCCGCCCGCUGGAGCCUGCUGUACUUUGCCCCCAUCUUCAUGCUCGCCGUCCGCGGCACCACCCCGGCCACCUCGGGCUCCAUUCUCGUCCCCACCAACCUCGGCUUCACCGUCGGCGGCGUCCUCGUCGGCUGGCUGCACAUCCGCCACUCCGGGCCCUAUUGGCUGCCCUGCAUUGUCUCCUUCCUCGCCUUUGCCGCGUCGUUGCUGGUCCUCGCCGCCGUGGCGACCCCCGGUGCUUCCCUCGCCGCCCUCGUCGUCGCCGUCUUCGUCAACGGCAUGACCACGGGCGCCGCGCUCAACUACACCCUGGCCCAUCUCCUGCACCUCUGCCACCCGGGCACCGACUACGUCGCCAGCAGCCUCCUCGCCACCUUCCGCGGCUUCGGCGGCAGCUUCGGCACCUCCAUUGGCGGCGGCGUCUUCUACCGCUUCCUGCGUGACAGCCUGACGAGCGGCUAUCUCGCCCUCGACGGCGGUCACCAUCUCAGCCUCUAUCACGAGAAACUCAUCUCCCUUCUGCAAGGAAUGCCCCACUUGGUCUUCCGCGGCGAUUUAUCGCCCCGAGACCAGCAGGUCGCGCUCCAGGGGUACGCGAGUGCCAUCAGGUCGGUGUGGAAAGCCGCGGGGAUCCUGGUGCUCAUCAUGGUGGUCGUUCAGGCCGCCACAGGCUGGACGCCGCCACCGCCGGAUAAAGCCCAACCCAGAGAAGAACAGGGGCAGUCACGCACUCCCAUGGGGGACGAGUGA